CGCCACACGCUCCAUCCAGGUCCUCACUUUCCUUUCGACGAUAAUGCCAGGCAUUGGACUGCUCAGGCCGACACUCUUUGAAAUCGCCACUCGUAAUGCUGCCGUUCGUUCAUUCUUUUGAGAUACCCGUCCAGACGUUAUUAUUUACGCGCAGCUACGCGCCGUAGGGCAUACAGCCAUGGGCGCGCCAGAAAUACCCCGAAAAGAUAUAGGAGAGCCGUCGCGGGCAUAUAUAAAGGAGGCAGACUCCACGAAUAAUACGUUAGACUCAGGCUGGGACAUACCGCAAGAAGGGCAACGUAAGCGGAGGCAUGCACAUCUAGGCGUUGGUUCGAGCGCAACAGGAUGGGCGCUUUCCGAUCGCUUUGAUCGCAUGCUCCCGCCACACAGACGCUAUAUUGGUCGAAGUCGCCGCACGUUCCUUAUCAUCGUUCUUGUCAUACUAGUCUGCCUUCUGGCCUUGAUAAUUGGGCUUGCAGUCGGCCUAAGUAAAGGAUCGAACAAGACCCAAAAUCUCCCUUUACCAAAUGGUUCUGAAACCUACACUGGAGACUUGACAUACUAUGCCCCGGCCCUUGGCGCCUGCGGUAUCGAGUCUUCAGACAAAGACGCAAUUGUUGCAGUGUCACACUUCACAUUCGAUGCAGCCCAGGUUGGAGGUAACCCAAAUGCAAACCCGCUGUGUGGGCGAAAAAUCAGGGCGAAGAGGGUUCAUGAGAACACCGGACAGAGUGUCAGUAUUGAUGUUACUGUUGUUGACAGAUGUGAGGGAUGUCAGCCUACUGAUCUCGAUGUCAGUCCUGCUAUGUUUAAGAGGUUAGCUGAUGAGGGAAAAGGUAGGGUGAAGGUGACGUGGGCUUGGUUAUGAGUAAUGCGACACAUGACCCUGAAGACAUUACACUCGACUCUCACUGCCUCUCACUGACACACGCAAUAUGAUCCUUUCCCUUCUCUUGACUUUAUCUUCGUCUUCCACUGUUCCUCCCUAACCCCUACAUCAACUUCAUCGUCCAACUUUGCUCACUUGCAAUCCGUCUUCUUGGCGGCCCUUCUCUAGGUAGUACUACUCUAUAACACUUUUUCGCAUGUAAAGCUCCAUGCCUAGGAACCCUCUGUCUCGCCACGACACUUCCAAGACCACAACAAGUGCACGGCGCUUCGAGAUAUCCAACCCCGUCCCCUGUGACGCUGAGGGAACAGCUGCAAUAUCUCCUCUGCACGGACAUUCAUUCGGAACGGCCGCAGAAUUUGAUAGAAC